ACCGAGCGUGAUCCUCUCCACUUGAGCAGCUCCGUUCUAGCCUCGGGACGAUCUCAGGGACCUCAAGCUUAUGAGAUAUUUACCAACCUCUCGAGACCCUCGUCAUGGCUCCUUUAUAACUUAUUCACUAUAUUCAAACGUCCUUAGGAAGUCAAAAAUUUGAAAAGAUACUCCUCGUGGUAUAUUAAAUCAUGGUCCUCAAAACUUGGUUAACCGAAACGAUCGGGGUGAAGGUCCCCAUCGUGCAAGGGGGUAUGCAAUGGGUUGGAAGAGCGGAAUUAAUCAGCGCCGUCGCGAACUCCGGGGCACUGGGCUUUAUCACCGCUCUUACUCAGCCUUCGCCUGAGGACCUCCGAAACGAAAUCCGAAAAUGCCGGACGCUGCUCAAAGAUCCCAGCACGCCUUUCGGGGUGAACAUCACCAUGCUCCCGGCCAUGAACAAGCCCGACUAUCUGGGAUACGCUAAGGCUGCGGUUGAAGAAGGAGUCAAAGUGAUCGAGACCGCUGGAGAUCCGAGUGCAGUCCUGCCAUACCUGAAGGCGAACGGCGUGGUGAUCAUCCACAAGUGUGUGAAUCUCAAGCAUGCACUCAGGGCCGAGCGAUUGGGAGUCUCGGCGAUCUCAAUCGACGGUAUCGAGUGCGCCGGCCAUGGAGGAGAAGACAACAUUACGAGUCUCAUGCUCCUCAGCCUAUGCGCACAGCAACUGAAGAUUCCUUAUAUCGGAUCCGGCGGUUUCGCCGAUGGGCGCGGUCUCGCGGCGGCACUGUCCCUCGGUGCUGCAGGAAUCAACAUGGGCACUCGAUGGAUGUGCACCGUCGAAUCACCAAUCCACCAAAACGUCAAGCAAGCGAUUGUCGAUGCUGAUGAAAACUCGACUGUACUCGUGCUUCGAAAGUUCCGUAACACCACCCGCCUUCAUAAGAACAAGGUCAGCCAGGAGGUUUUCGAGAUUGAGAACACCAAGCUAGACGUCGAGUUCAAGGACGUCGCACACCUGAUGGCGGGCUCAAGGGGGAAGAACGUGUAUUCCACGGGAGACGUCGAUGCCGGAGUGUGGUCUCUAGGUCUUUGCGCCGGUCUCAUUAAGGAUAUUCCAACUUGCGCCGAGCUGACCGCGCGGUUCGAGAGGGAGGCAGAGCAGAUCAUUACUUCUACCCGCGAUUUGAUUAAGCCCAGCGCGCGUUUGUAAUUGAGUCCUGAUCGGUUGUGUUGGCGUCUAGAUCACUAGAUGCUUAGAACGCGAAGGAUUGCUUGAUCCUCUAACAUUCUUGUAUAGUCUGGCAUUGUAUGCAGAUAGCAACCCGGCCACAUACUCAUCCAUGGCUUGAUAUAAAUGGAUAACAAUACAGCAUUCAUGGUCC